AUGAAAGCGCCAAGCCUGACCCGGAAGAUUAGACCAACACUGCUGCCAGCUCUGCAGCACCCAGGGGCCAUUCUCACUCCGGGAUCCUACCCCUCCUCUUCAUUCGGCACAAUGGACUUUAGCACAGAGCAAGCCUUCAAGAAGAGGGGAGUAAAAUAUGAGGCGAGAAAGAAGGAGAUGAGGGACACAGAAACAACAAUACAAAGAAAGAAAAGAAAGAAAAAUGUGGUUCAAUUUGAGGAGUGCAAAACUGCAGACUAUCCCAACCUACUUUUCUCGCCUCUACUGCUGCUGCUGCUGCUGCUUCCUGUGACAGAUAGUGGUGAGGCUCAGAAUAAUGCAGAUUAUCAUAAUUGCUUCAAGUGUGUGUGA